GAGCAGUUCAGUCUCUGUGCCUCAAGCCUGCCCUGGACUGGAGGGAGCACCCUUUCUCUAGGGGGGUGAGGGAUGGAGGGAGGGAGCAGUUCAGUUUCAGUUUAUUUGUUUUGUUUUCCAAUACAUUUUAUUCUUAACUGUAUUAAUAUACAUGUACGGCUGGGGAGAGCAAAUCUAAAUGCAAUGAUGAUUUUUAUAUGUGGCUGUUUUGUGUUGUAUUCAAAUCUAAAUAUAAAAAGCAUCAUUAUAUUUAGAUUUGCUCCCCCAGCCAUACAUGUAUAUUAAUAGUUCCUUAGAAAAGAAAAAAGUACAGAUAUAAGAACGAUGGAGCCUCAUCUCAAUUUCACAAUCAAAGACCAUUCUGCAUUGAGAGUGAACUUCUCCCUCCCUCUAAUAAAAAUAAUGUGUGCUCCCUCCAGGCUAUAGCAGAUUUAAAGCAAGGAGACCAAUGUCACAGGGCGCGUUUACGACACCUUUGCGCCGGCUAGAUUGCAGACGGGAGUGCGCGCGUGACGUCACGGUCUGUGCAGACGCAGCGUGGACAGCUUUGGAAGAUGAGCAGCAGUUCAGAGCAGAACCCAUAACAUGGAGGUGGUGUUGAGAGUAAUUCAAAUCACAGAAGUGGAUGCAAUCGAAGAUCCCUUUGUGCUCCACCAGCUUCAUAAUUUACAGCAUGAUCAGAAAAUGUAUAGUAGAAACAGUCCCUGCUAUAAAGAGAUAAUAUAAACGUAUGUUUUGUGAUGUGAGACAAAUUAAUGAGGAUUAUAACGGGCAGGAUUCACCCCCGCCCUCUCACAAAGGGGUUUUUAGACAGUACUGUAUUUUGAUCUGCGACAAAAUAGUUCAAAUACUUGCACAUAUGGUCACAUAUCUCACUUCAGCUACCUGUUAUUAAAGCUGAUUUAUUCUCCUUAAUUCAAAGUAGGUUAUUCCCUGUCCCUGAUAGCCUUUCAUCAAUAACCAAUUACACCUGCUGAAAAUAACAGAGCGGUUUUAGGUUCAUUUCAACCGUUUAGCAUUAUUUUAUUUUUUUACACGUUUAAACAUUUAGAAUAAAUAUCUAAAUAUUUGAAGAGUAUAAUAACUGUGUGGGAAAAGAGUCGAAUCAUUUUAAUGUGUAUUACAAAUCAUUCAUAAGAUAAUUAAUGACAUGACUGGAAGGUGAUUCACAGCCCCUGACUCGGUGGCAGUAGCACAUGGAGUGAGGAUUGGAUCUGCUUGCUACACACAUCUUUGUCAUCCAGCGCUCGUCUCUUGUUUUGCGCCGCGGCUGCUCCAGCGCAGGACCUCUCGAUUUAGCAAAGUCUGCGCAUCGUGAACGCACCCACAUGCUCACAGCUGCUUCACUGCGGAAUACAAACGUGUCAUGUGACCGAGGCAGCUCAUAAGCGCUUCAGUGACGUGUUAAAAGGGUGCCUCCUGCUGCAGAUACAGCGUCGUUUCAAACAGAAUAAGAACAACAAACAUCAGAAUUUAAAAAAAAACGACUGACUCCUCACAGUUGUAUUUAAUUUAUUUACAUUCUGUUGCCCACCAGUUGACAAGGCGUGGACGAGGUUUAAAAACAGCUACUAAACAGAAUCCCGUGUGCUGCCAUGGACAGUGUGAAGAUGGAAUCUGUCCAGAUUAAAGAGGAGUUCCCUGAACUUGAACCUGUCCCCAUUAGAGUGGAGUUCUCUGGGCUGGCUUCCCUCCCCAUUAAACAGGAGCUCUGUGAGAUACAAUGUGACAGCAGUCAGCUAGAGGUCUCUGACAUUAAAGCAGAGCACAAUGAAUUGGAGAUCCCCCAGAUGGAAGAAUCCCUUCCUGUGAAACAAGAAGAGGUGCUGGAAACUGACUGUAUUAAACAGGAGCCCCCUGAAGUAGAGUUUGACCACAUGGAACCAGUGAAGGAAGAAUCCGAGGACUUCAAACCAAACAUCCCUGAGCUGGAGCCUGUACGCCUGCGGGAGUGUAGCGUGGUGCUGGAGAGAAUCUGUGUGAGAGAGCAAGGCGCUGGAGAGGAAGGCUCUCCCAACAGCACGCAAGGAGGUGGAAAGGAAGACGGGCGCUCCCAUUCAGAAUGCAGUCUAGCAGGUUUCAGUCCAGCAGCUAAAGCGAGGGCGGACGCUGGAGAAUAUCCUGACUGUGGGAAAGGUUUCACCCAGUUUGGAAACCUGAAAACAAACCAGCGAAUUCACACAGGAGAGAAACCAUUUCACUGCUCUGACUGUGGAAAGAGUUUCAAUGUGUUACAAAACCUGAGAAGACACCAGCGAAUUCACACAGGAGAGAAACCGUAUAGCUGCUCUGACUGUGGCAAGAGUUUCAAUCAGUCAGGAACCCUGAGAAAACACCAGCGAAUUCACACUGGAGAGAAACAAUUUCACUGCUCUGACUGUGGGUUGAAUUUCAGUUGCACAGAAGACCUGAAAGCACACCAGCUAAUUCACACAGGACGGGAACCAUAUUGGUGCACUGAAUGUGAAAAGCGUUUCUUUAACAUACCAAGUCUUGAAAGACACCAGCGAAUUCACACAGGAUUGAAAGAAACCAUAUCGCUGCUCUGACUGUGGGAAGAGUUUCAAUCAGUCAGGAGACAUGAAAACACACCAGUGAAUUCACACGUGAGAGAAACCGUUGACCAAUCAUGUAUAUAAUGUAACAAGGUAAGAGGGAAUACAUGUUAGUCUCAGAAGAAGAAGAGCAUUAUUCCCCACAUAGUGGAAUAGGACAGCUUGCAAUACCAGCAACAAGGCCACUAGAGGGCACUGGUCAGCUAAAAUCUAAAACAACAUCGGUGUGGAACAAAGUGAUGAUUCAGUGUAAAUAGAAGCAAUUAAAAAGGGGUGUGGUUUACAGGUGGAGAGAUGAAAACUAGAUUCUGGUGAGUCUCGGGGAGGGUGUAUUGGAGAAAAGACAUGGAGUUGUUGCAGAGAGCGAAGGAUCUGUGUGUAAAUUAAAACUUUACAGGGAAAGAGUUUGUCCUGUUGUAGAGAAGUAGUUAUUAUUAUUUAUUAUUAUUUGUUUAUUUAGCAGACGCCUUUAUCCAAGGCGACUUACAGAGACUAGGGUGUGUGAACUAUGCAUCAGCUGCAGAGUCACUUACAACUACAUCUCACCCGAAAGACAGAGCACAAGGAGGUUAAGUGACUUGCUCAGGGUCACACAAUGAGUCAGUGGCUGAGGUGGGAUUUGAACCGGGGACCUCCUGGUUACAAGCCCUUUUCUUUAACCACUGGACCACACAGCCUCCUAUAAUAGUUAGACAAAGAAGUUUAGUUUUUCGUUUAGAGCUCCUUGGGGAGUUAGGUCUUUUUUGUUUUGUUUUGUUUUGUUUGUAGACACUGCCCUGUUUCACAGCAUAUCUGGUCCUGAGUUCAUUUUACACCAGAGAGACAGUGUCUGGCAAAGAACACUCCACUUUGUCACAAUAAUCACAGAAGGGUUGUAUCCACUGUCUCCCAAUGCAGGAGUUAGGAUGUGUUGCAAUGGAGCUGCACUGACUCAUGCUUGAGGCUCAUUGCACCAUUAUUAAAAUAUGGAUGCAGUGUUCAGUGUAAUAAGAGAUAACAGAAGACUGUUGCUAGGCUGUUGUAGUGGAUGAUGAUGAUGAUGAUGAUGAUGAUGAUGAUGAUGAUGAUGAUGAUGAUGAUGAUCUGUGCAGUAAAGGGUUACCUGGAGGUGUUUUGUGUAACCGGUCCCUGGUUUUCAUGAAUUGUGACUGAUGACAUUUAGAAUGAAUUAAAAACACACAAAACAAA